AAUACACCCAACAGCAGGAGGAGCCUGAAAUAACUGCUACCUGCAAAAGACUGCGGGAAACAGAGGUCCCACCCACUGCAGCCCAAGAAGAGACAGGAGCUCACAACUUGAAGAAACUAUGGCAAACAUUGUUGUAAAGCCAAGAAUUAUUUUAGAAACAGAACAGGUUCCCAUUCAUAAUGUCCCACAUUUGGCUACGAGAAUUUGUUGAUCGCCGCCCAGGGAUUCCACCCAGCAUAUUCAUUAAUCAUCAAGGAAAGGACCUCCAAGGCUACUACCCUGGGCAGCUGGCAAGACUCCAUGUUGAUUAUAGUGUGAAGACACCUCCCAGACCACUCAUAGACUCGGCCAUUUCAUCCAAAAAAACCCCUCCGUAUCGACCUCAAUUAGACCAACAGACGCUCGUUCAAUACAUUUGUUUUCGAAGCUGUUCAAAGCCUGCUGAACCAUGGUAUAAGGAAACCACUUACCAAAGAGACUAUUCACUGCCAUUUUACAAGAUCGAUGGAGACCAGAAAUUGGCCACAAUUUCAUCAAAUCCUGGGCCACUUAAUUCCUUGCCACUGCUCUACUGUUGUGAAAAGAGGCAGCUCUGGAAAAAAUGCUUUUAAACUAAAAUAACCAUGGCAUUCAACCAAAA